AUGCCUAGCUACAAGACGUACUCUAUUCAAGACGAGUCCCACCUCGCCGAGGUCGCCUCCAAGUACGGCCUCACCGAGGACCAGGUGCAGACGCUGCACGAUAGGUCCGUCGCUGCUAAGAGCACGGCGUACUGCCCCUACAGCAAGUUCCGCGUCGGCGCCACCAUCCUCUCCAACGCCGGCCAGUUCACAGACGGCGCCAACGUUGAGAACGCUUCCUACGGCGUCGGCACCUGCGCCGAGAGGGUCGCCUUUGCCAAGGCCGUCCAGGAGGGCAUCCGCGGCUUCAGCGCCGUCGGCGUCGCUGCUGACAUUGAGCCUACCGUCAGCCCCUGUGGUGCGUGCCGACAGUUCCUCCGUGAAUUCCGCACAGUCGAGACGCCAAGAUUUAUUUUCAACAUCAAGGGCGACUAUGUUGUCUUGACACCGGAGGGGGUGACUGUCCCCCCCCCCCUCCUUCCGGUGACCUGUGGUGCGGAUAUUAGGUGUUAG